UAUUUUCUAUUUCAAAUUGAAACAAGUUAAAGGGGGGAAAAGUGCUGACAGGCAGAUACACAACACUAGAUGAAGGAGAUACCCAAUAAACAUAUCCUUAUAUGUCCUGUAAAUUAGUAAGACACUCUUUCUGAAUGGGGGGACAAACAUGAAUGUGAAUGUGUGUGCUACGGAGCGUUUUAGGCUGGCCACUAAGAGCAUCGCUCACAGGAUUGUGCAGUUCAAUCUGGCCACUGAUUUCGAAACGAUCCUGGAUACCGAGUACGGAAGGGUGCGCGGCGUUCAGCGUAAGACUCUCUAUGAUGAAGAGCUCUACUUUGCCUUCGAAGGCAUACCCUAUGCCAAGCCGCCCUUAGGUGAGCUGCGUUUUCGGGCGCCCCAACCACCGGAGAUGUGGACCCACGUCAUGGACUGCACGUACCCACGUUCAAGGCCCAUGCAGCGACAUUUGGUUUUGCAUUCGAUCGAGGGCUCCGAGGAUUGCCUCUACCUAAAUGUGUACUCAAAAAGCCUUAAGUCGGAAAAGCCCCUGCCCGUUAUGGUCUGGAUCUAUGGAGGCAGUUUUCAAAUUGGCGAGGCCACAAGGGAUGUUCACAGUCCAGAUUACUUUAUGCAAAAGGAAGUUAUUCUAGUCACACUUAACUACAGGCUGGGAGCCUUAGGUUUUCUCAGCCUCUCCGAUCCGGUCCUGGAUGUUCCUGGCAAUGCUGGACUCAAGGAUCAGGUAAUGGCCCUGCGCUGGAUACAAGAAAACAUUGCUUCCUUCAAUGGUGAUCCGAACAACAUUACACUAAUGGGCAUAAGUGCGGGUGCUGCUUCCAUUCAGAUAAUGAUGAGCUCGGAACAGACACGAGGACUCUUCCACAAGGCCAUCCUUAUGUCAGGAUCAUCGCUAUGCGACUGGAUCGAUGAGACCUGCUACACCCAACCCUAUCUGCUGGCCUGUAAGCUGGGCUACAAAGGUGAUGAAAAUGACCAGGAAAUACUUCGCUUUCUGCAAAGCAUCCCAGCAAAGGACAUCAGUGGCUGUAAAAAAUUGAUCGUGAAGGAGGAAAAACGCGAUUACGUGCUGAUUCCGUUUGGACCCGUCGUUGAGCCCUACGUGAGCGAAAGCUGUCUGAUCUCCAUGCCGCCUUGCAAGACUCUAUCCCAUGCCUGGGGCAAUAGGCUACCCAUGAUCAUUGGAGGCACUUCCUUCGAGGGCUUGGUGUUCUACCAGCAUAUAACGGGUGAUAUGGAGUACAUGCUGGGUGCCUUUGAAGCUUUAAUACCCAGAGCUGUGCGCUAUUCAUCUACGCUGGCGGAGAUCCAGGCUCACGUAAGACGUCUGAAGGUCUCAUAUUUCGAGGAUGCCACGUUAGAUCAGAUGGAAUUUAAGGACUGUCUGCAUCUUCUUUCUUGCAAGCACUUCUGGCAUGCUAUCCAUCGAACUGUGCUUGCCCGGCUGGCCUAUGCGCCAAACACGCCCACCUACCUCUAUCGCUUUGAUUUCGAUUCACAUAGCUUCAAUUACUCUCGCAUCAUGGUCUGUGGACGCAAUGAGCGUGGUGUUUGUCAUGGCGAUGAUUUCUUCUAUUUGUUUUACUGCAUACCAUCCUACAAAUUGGAGAAGACCUCGUGGGAAUACCGCACCAUUGAGCGGAUGAUAGGCAUGUGGACGGCAUUCGCGGCACACAAUGAUCCCAACUGCGAUAUUGUAAAUCCAACCAUUUGGGAGACCCUUAAAUCAAGCUGUAAUCCAAUGUGCUUAAACAUUGGCACAAAUCUUGAGUUUAUUGAACUGCCCGGGAAGAAAGAACUGCAAUUAUGGGAUACCUUCUAUAAGAAAUUGAGACUAUACUAAGUUCUUAAAGAUAAAAAAGGAGCAUAUUAUCAUAGUCCACAAGCCUUGUUGCUCAAUUGGAGAGUAUAUAAUUGCAAUUCAAGCAAAAUAUAAAUUUCAGAACUAGCUUAACGUAUUCCACGCAAUCAUAAGGCAGCUCUAUCAAAAAAAUUGUAGUACGACAAUUGCCCAGCAAUUAAAAAAGCAGAGCCAUGUUAUAAGGGAGUCAAGCAAAUGAUAGUUGAUAUAUGGACAGGAGUGCAGAUUCGUAGAAAAAAAUAUUGUGUACAAGAUUUUCUAAUAACUGAGCUCUUAUGGAGUCAGAAAAACCAAACUUCAGAAAACGGUGGUAACAAUUUGAGAAAUUCUCAAAAAAUGGCGUAUGAAAAAAUCUCCUAAUCAACUAAUAAAGGUUUGAAAAAAAAAAUAAAUAAGCAAAAUAGAACUGAUUGCCUAGAUUUCAAAUAAAUGUGUUAAUAAAGUAAUACCAAGAAGCAUUCAAUUUGAAA